AUGACGCCUUUGCUGCGAAGUCGCCGUCAGCUCCGAGUGGCAGAGGCCUCAGUGCUUGCAGUGUCCUUGGCGCUGUUGGCAAUCGCCCUUGGAGCUUCAGGUUCGAAUAACAUGAAGGUCACCUUCCUCGCCGGCCAAGGCGUUGCAAAGGGCGCAUGGGCAGCUGGAGGCCGCAGCGGCGAUGCUGGGCCCGCCACGAAAGGCGGGCCUCGCUUUUCGCUUGGGGCCGUGGCCUUCAAUCGUACUGUACUUCAGGUGACGCUGAAGGAGUUCCUUUUGGACCCAACCUUCGAGCCUCCCACGGUGGAAUACGCGGUGGCAGAGAAUGACGGUGUCCACCGCGCAAGAGUGGCUUUCGCAGGAGUGUCCCACACAGGUGCACCCGCCUCCUCCCAGGAGGAGGCAAAGCUGAGCGCUACACUGGUGGCUUUGCGCUCGCUUCGAGCAAAGCAGCGCGUCAACGAGAAGAAGCACGCACACCAGGAGACCAUCUUCCGCGUGCCGCGUGGGCGCAACCUCCGUGCGACUACAAAGGGAGUCGCCGGGGGGAAGCAUGAGUCGAACUUGAAAUGGAUUGAGCACAACAGCGGAGCACAGGUUUCGCUCCUGGGUGGGCCAGGCACUGGCAAGCCGCUCUCAGUGAAAGUUUCGGGAGAAACAGGAAGCUGCGAGAUGGCUGGCGCAAUGGUCCGCGACCUGCUGGAGAUGCUGCCUGCCAAUGCGCAGACGGGCCGCCAGCCGAGACGCAAGUCGCCUCGAGGAUUUGCUCCGCAGUGA